CCGUCGCCCGCCCGCAGGCUGCAUCACCUUACCGAGGACCAGAGGCUCGCUUUCCCCGACGCGAAUCGAUCAUUGGUUAACAAACAAGCCCUCGAAUACGAGAGCCGCCGUCUUCUUCCGUCGUCAAUUGCGAGGGGGGAAUCUAGGGUUUCCAAGCCUGUCUGCGUUGAAUGGCGCCUAGCUCCUCCAAUGGCAACGAAAACCCUAAUCCUAACCCGAUUCCCGACGGCGAGGGCUUCUCAGUGGAUGCCGUUGCUCGUAGAAUCCAAGAAUCCCUCGCCCUGCCGAAGCGGCACCGCUUCUGGGAGACCCAGCCCGUGGGGCAGUUCAAGGACCUGGGCGACGCCUCCCUUCCGGAGGGCCCAAUCGAGCCCCCUUCUCCUCUCUCCGCCGUCCGCCCGGACCCUUACAACCUCCCUGCUCCGUAUGAGUGGUCCAUCGUCGACGUCGACGAUGCAGUCGCCUGCGACGAGGUCUACCACCUCCUCGCCCUUAACUACGUCGAGGACGACGACAACCUCUUCCGCUUCAACUACUCCCAGCCCUUCCUCCGCUGGGCCCUCCGGCCCCCCGGCUUCUUCAAAGCCUGGCACAUCGGCGUCCGUGUCAAGGCCUCGAAGAAGCUCGUCGCCUUCAUCACCGCCGUCCCCGCGAGGAUUCGCGUCCGCGACGCCGUCGUCGGGAUGGCCGAGGUCAAUUUCCUCUGCGUCCACAAGAAGCUUCGCUCGAAACGGCUGGCGCCGGUCCUCAUCAAGGAGGUAACCCGCCGGGUGCAUCUGCAGAACACCUGGCAGGCGGCGUAUACCGCUGGUGUGGUCAUCCCGACACCGGUCGCGACGUGCCAGUACUGGCACCGCUCGCUGAACCCCAAGAAGCUCAUCGACGUGGGGUUCUCCCGGGUCGGGGACCGGAUGACCAUGAGCCGGACCAUCCGGCUCUACAAACUUCCGGAGUCCCCGGCUACACCAGGGCUCCGGAAGAUGGAGCUCCACGAUGUGGCCGCGGUCACCCGGCUGCUGAGGAAGUAUCUCGGUCGGUUCGUCGCCGCCCCCGACUUCGAUGAGAAUGACGUGGAGCAUUGGCUUCUCCCGAGGGAGGAUGUGGUGGAGUCCUAUCUGGUGGAGUGCCCCGAGACGCAUGAGGUCACCGAUUUCUUCAGCUUCUAUUCACUGCCAUCCUCAAUCCUUUCCAACCAGAAUUACUCGGUCUUGAAGGCUGCCUACUCAUUCUAUAAUGUGGCCACGAGGACGCCAUGGGUGCAGCUGAUGAAUGAUGCGCUGAUUGUGGCAAAACAGAAGGAUUAUGAUGUGUUCAAUGCAUUGGAUGUAAUGGAGAACGAGACUUUCCUCAAGGAGCUCAAGUUUGGGCCUGGGGAUGGGCAGCUCCACUACUAUCUUUAUAAUUAUAGGAUUAGGGAGCCGCUGAAACCUUCUGAACUCGGGCUUGUGCUCUUGUAGCUUCUUGUUUGCUUUAUGAUUUUGAGGGCGCGGACGGGUUAAACAUUUUUAAAUGGCAGGACUGGCACUGGAAGGAUCACAAUUCGAUGCUGUUUGGUAUGAUGCCAAGAUAAAUGAAUUGUAUAGGACGGCCAGGAUUUCUUUACAUCGUGCAAUGAAGUUCAGAAAGUUUUGACUCCAUGGAUCUCCAAGUGGACCUUCAUAGGGGCAUCUAUGCCUAUGGUAGUCAAAGAUAUUACUUUGUUGUUCCUUAAUCGUGUCAACAUGUUAUAUGCAGUGAGAGGACUGAUUCAUAUAUGGUAAGGAUUUGUGAAAUCCUUUGCAAUUCAGCAAAGCAGAAUUGUUCCCUUCUGCAAUGGACUUGUUAUCCAGCAAGCUCAGUCUGGAACUGGAAAAGUGCAACUCUUCAUUCUGGUGUCCUGCAGUGGAUUGAUUGUAUGCCAGGCCUUGGUUCUAGCUCCAACUCAGGAGCUAGCACAGCAAAUUGAGAGACCAUGAGAGCAUUUGGAGACUACCUGGGUGUCAGAUUUCAUACUUGUGUUGCGUAAUAGAGUUCAUGAGGAUCAGAGAAUUCUUCAAAGUGGUAUUCAUAUAGUUGUUGGCACACCAGGUCUUGUACAUGAGAUGCUCUGGAGGCAGUCCCUCCAUCCCGACUACAUCAAGAUGUUAUUACUUUAGGCAGAUGAAAUGCUUUCAUGUGGUUUCAAAGACCAGGUCACAGUCUAUCUUCUAAGGCGAUAAAAGCAUCUGCUGCAGAACUAGUUGCUGCCUCCUUCUCCUUCUUCAAAAUGGUCUUGCUAAGGCCCCAGAUAUGUUGCACCUUACGUCGGGACACUCAAUCCAUACAGUGGCUGUGUCUAGGGAUUUUUUUUCUUUAAAAAAAAAAAAGAGGAAAACUAAGCAAGCAUAUUUAUCUAAAAAUAGACAUGAUAAUAUGAAAAUUUUGUAUAUGCUACCACAGUAGUUUGCACAUUAUUGAUCACUUUUCAUGGUUCAUUUGUACCAUUCAGCUUGAUAAUAGGAUUUGUUUUCUUUGUUUACUUUUUUCUUCACUUCUAGUUUGACACACCAUAGGCUUCCUGUGAAUAUGCAUGUCUAUACGAGCGAACAAUGUCCCAAACGUUUGGAACAAGUUCCUGUUUCUGAAUAUCAGUGCUUCUUUGGCCGUUUCUGUAUUUUUAAAGAAAUUCUGAAUUAGGAAUUGUUAAUAAUACUCGUUUAUUUUCUGUGGCUUGUUCUCCAUAUACCUUUUAACUUGUGAGUAUAUGUUGUCAAUGAAUUUUUAACCAUAUCACAUCCACGUAUGGUUAGUUUUGUACUGCAGAUGCCUUCUUGUUUUUAAACUUUGUCUCCUGAUACAGUUCUUAUAUUUGAUGCUAAUAAAGGAGCUUCAUGUACGUACUUGCAUUCUAACAAUCUAUUUUCAUUUCAAAUCCAUGACACUUUCCAGCAUCUUCCUUCGGAGAUUCAGGUCGGAGUCUUCUCUGCCACAAUGCCUCCUGAGGCUCUCGAGAUUAUACGCAAGUUCAUGAACAAACCUGCGAGGAUACUUGUGAAGCAAGAGGAACUUAUCCUGGGCUGGAGGGUAUCAAGCAGUUUUAUGAUGAUGUUGAAAAGGAAGAUUAUAAGCUGGACACUCUGAUCUUUAUGAGACCUUGGCCAUCACAGAGUGCGUUCUUCAUCAAUACCUGAUGUAGGAUGGACUGGCUUAUAGAAAGAUGAGGAGCAAGGAUCACAUGGUUUCAGCCACCUGCGGAGACAUGGACCAAACAUGAGUUACAUUAUAAUGUGGGAAUUCCAAUUUGAGCCCUCCCAUGUUCUCACCACCACUGACCUCCUUGCUCGUCGGAUCAAUGUACAGCAGGUCUCACUGGCAUGGUUUAUGAUCUGCUGACCUGGCCUGAAAACUCAUUUGCGAUGACUUAGGGUUUGCUACCUGAUAUCCAGGAGUUCUACAAUGUUAAGCUGAUGGAAGAGCUGCCCUACAACAUUGCAGAUCUCAUCGGUUUACUUCAUUUCUGGUAACAUUACAAUAGAUGCGAUAGAUAUGAGUUUCUUGUUGGUGCUUGGCCUUGUUUAUUAUUUUUAAUGUUGGGAUGGUUCAUUGUCAUGAUGAUUCCACUUUUUACUUUCUUGCUUGUUUUAA